AAGCAGCAAGCAGUCAUCUAAGUGAAUCCAGAAAAGUAGCCAAAGGUAACCUAGUGUAGCGUGGGACUGCUGCUCUAACAUUAAAGAAUCCAUCAUAAGGAAACUCACAAGGAUCUGUAGUUAAGUCUGAGAGGACAAGGGAAGAAACGGGCAAGAAACUCAAAGUUCGAGCAGGAAAAAAAAGCUUUAAAUGACCUUUUAAUAGCUUCAGAGGAGAGUCAAGGGCAUUUUUAGCAUUAUUAAUCUGCAACACCAUACACCUAAACCAAGGCAACCAUCUGGUCAGAAUGUCCACGAAUGGAAUAAGUAUGGCUCUAAAGCUGCAGUUUGGACUUAUUAAUUACGAAAAUCGUUACCUUACAGCAGAGGCAUUUGGGUUCAAAGUAAAUGCAUCUGGAACCAGCAUGAAGAAGAAACAGAUCUGGACCCUGGAGCAAGAUCAAGACAGCCAGGUGGUUUUCUUACGCAGUCAUCUCGGACGUUAUCUGGCCACAGAUAAAGAUGGCAAGGUGAGCUGUGAGGAGGAAGUUCCAAACACAUCCUGCCGUUUCUUGCUUGUGUCGCAGUCAGAUGGACGAUGGGCCUUACAGUCUGAGCCAUAUUUGCGUUAUUUUGGAGGGUCUGCAGAAUAUUUGUCCUGUUUUGCCCAGACCAUUGGGGAAUCAGAAAAAUGGACCAUGCAUCUUGCCCUUCAUCCACAGGCCAACCUGUUUAGUGUAUUCCGUAAGCGCUAUGCACGCUUGUCCACCACUGACGACGAGCUCUGCAUGGACAGUGACAUACCCUGGGGCGUUGACUCCCUGAUCACUUUGGUCUAUCUGGAUGGCAAGUACAGUCUGAAGACCUGCGAUAACCGCUUUCUCAGCAAUGAUGGUAAGCUGGUAAAGGAUCACGGGCCUAACACUAGUUUCACCCUGGAACUCAAGUCUGGCAAGCUGGCCUUUAAAGACUGUGACGGCAAGUUUCUCUCACCAACGGGCCCCUCAGGCACCUUGAAGUCUGGCCGCUGUUCAAGGCCAGGGAAAGAUGAGCUGUUUGAUCUGGAAGAGAGCCACCCACAAGUUGUUUUCCAGGCAGCCAACCAAAGAUAUGUGUCCAUCCGUCAAGGUGUUAGCAUAUCAGCUAAUCAGGAUGAUGAGACAGACAUGGAGACAUUUCAGAUGGAGAUUGAUAAAGACACUAAGAAGUGCAUGUUCAGAACUAAUGGCGGAAAUUACUGGACACUCUUUACUCACGGAGGGAUUCUGUCCAUGGCCACAGAGGGAGAAGAAAACACAAUGUUUGACAUUGAAUGGCUGGGCAGGCGAGUUGCUUUGAGAGCAAGCAAUGGAAAAUAUGUAUGCACAAAGAAAAAUGGGCAGCUUGCUGCUGUGAGUGAUUCUGUGGGGGAGGAUGAGCAGUUUGUGCUAAAGCUGAUUAAUCGUCCAAUCCUGGUCUUGCGUGGGGAGAACGGCUUUGUGUGUCACCACAAAACCUCCAAUACACUGGACUGUAGCCGCUCUGUUUAUGACAUCUUCUCCUUGCUUUUCAGCGAUGGCGCAUACCAAAUAAAAAGUGGAAAUGAAAAGUUCUGGUACAUCUCCAGCAGUGGUCUGGUGUGCACAGAUGGAGACAAACCUGAGGAGUUCUUCUUUGAGUUUGCAGAGUCUGGACGGGUUGGCAUCAAGGGUCAAAAUGGCAAAUACCUGCGUGGAGACCAGGGAGGCACACUGAUGGGUAAUGGGCUCAGUGUGGACGCCUCGUCCCUGUGGGAGCACUGAGUGCUGUACCAGAGACACAAAUACAGACUCACAGAGUAAAAAGAAAUUCUCCUCCUGACACCUUUUCAACUAAUGAUUUUCAGCAAUACGCUUUUGACUUUUACGCUUUUUUUGAAAGAAUUGACUUUCUUUCUUUAAUCUUUUUUUUUUGCUUUUGUGAGCAUGUUAAAUAUGGUUUUAUUAGGAUUUUUUUAAUACUGUAGAUAUUAGUAUCAUCCUUUGCUACAUAAGAUACAAUACAACCUAACUUUACACUGUCAGUUUGCAAGACAAUUACAACAAUGGUUGGUUAUCGCACACAUUAUGAUGACCCACAGUAUAGAAAGAAAUAUUUUGACUACUUUUCUUUUCUAAGAAUGGCUUGAUGUGUCAGUCACCAGCGAGAAAACUUUAUAAGUACUACAAUACCAGAAAGGCAUACAGCAACAGCAUGCAAUAGUGGAUCUAACUUAGAAUAAGUGUAUGUUUACUUAUAGUUAAUAUUUUUCCUCAAAAAUGUUGUUUGUGUUGAUUCAGUAGGUGGUAUUAUAAGCUUUAACACAGUACUUAUAAUUUACACCUUAUAAAUACUUUCCAAAAACUUUUAUUUAUUGCUUUUUAUUUAUUCCAUUUUUUUUUUGCUGAAUAAUGAUUUAUAAUUUUUGAAUUUUAUUAAAUUUUUCAAGAAACUCAUUUAAAUUGCAAAUGUAUACAGAUAAAACAAAUAUAAUACUGUAUAUCAUGUAUCGUGAAACAUUUACAUAAAAGCAAAAACAUUGCAGUUCGUAAAAAUACAGCAUUAUCCAAUCUAAUGAGAGGAAGGCUAUGAACAUAACAUGGUAUCUUGACAAAGACUUCUGUAAGAGACCUACACUAGCAAGUGUCCCUAGACUCCACAGUUAUUAAUUUAACAGUCCUACCCUAUCAUCUGACACCUUCACCUUCAUUUGUUAAAUAGCAAUAGUAUACAAAAACUUUUGGUCAUGUCAGCCACUGACUCUUUGAAAUCUCCAAACUUAUGACAUGAUUACUGUAUAUGUUGUCAAAUAAUUAGCAAUAUUUCUACUAUGGUGAAGUUUUUUGUGGUUCUCUGAGUUUAAUAAACUGAUGAUAACACAAA